AUGGUGUUUGAAAACUAUGGUGUAGAGAAGUACCACGACGAUCACGUUCGAUCGAUGUUUUACAAUUUGAAAAUGAUUAGAUACGAGAAACCCGAGAAACUUGAUAGUGAUGUAGGUUUAAAGAUUCAUACGGACAAGAACUUCUCCACCAUAAUCCAUCAAAACCAUAUCAACGGUCUAGAGAUAAAUACAAAGGAUGAUGAGUGGGUGCUUUUUGAUCCUCCAUCUUCAUCCGUAAUAUUCAUAGCAGCUGACGGAUUUCAGGUUUGGAGCAAUGACAGAAUUCGACCUUGUAGACAUAGGGUGACCUUGACUGAAAAUGUCGUAAGAUACACAUUUGGUGCUUUCUCUGUCAAAAGAGGGGUGAUACACGUACCAAAUGAGCUCGUGGAUGAAGACCACCCGUUACUGUAUAAGCCUUUGAAUCAUGUUGAGUUCCUCAUGGCACAGAGACAUACUGGUGAAACUGAGUAUGCCGCAAAGGCAUAUUGUGCCAUUUGA